AGUUGCAAUAUGCUCCUUUUUCACUUGAUGUCGUUUUUGGUUUCAGUUGCCCUGGAGCUCACGGCGGCGACAAAUAUGUAGUCCGAAUCGAAAAGAUCCCAGACAGUUGUGACCGAGCUGCGUGGGUCAUUCCAACGGCGGCGGCAAAACUCGCGGGAGAUUCGGAGACUUUGCCCAUAUAUAUAUAUAUAUAUAUAUAUAUUCGUUUUGAGACCCUCACACUUUUUUCCCUUCUUCUCCACUUUCAUAGCUUCGCAGCUUCUCCUACAAUGGCCGAAAAUGGCGCCAUUCUCCACAGACGAGAUCCUAUUAAGUCGUCAGUUGGGAAUGUUGCUGCCCACCGCAGGCGACAACAUGCAGUUACGGUGGGGAAAGAAAGGCGAGAAUCGUUGGUGCGUGCGAAGCGCCUCUGCAGAGUGGGGACCAGUGGUGAGGGUGAUGGUGAGGGUGAGGCUCCACUCGAGAGUGGAAUGAUAAUCGAGGAAGAGCAAUCGAUUUUGGAAGCUCAAACUUCUUCUGCAGUGGAAGAGCUAAAGGCUGCAGUUUCAAAUCAGGGAAAAGGUGCAUUGCAGAAGAGGGUGGCCACUCUUCGUGAACUAAGGCGCAUAUUGUCAAGAUCCGAGUUCCCUCCUAUCGAAACUGCUCUCAGAGCUGGAGCAAUAUCCGUGCUAGUUCAGUGUCUUUCAUUUGGCUCUCCGGAUGAACAGUUGCUUGAGGCGGCUUGGUGCCUAACAAACAUAGCAGCAGGAAAGCCUGAAGAAACAAAAGCUUUGUUGCCUGCUUUGCCAUUGCUCAUUCUUCAUCUUGGAGAAAAAAGUUCCUUGUCUGUUGCUGAGCAGUGUGCGUGGGCAUUGGGAAAUGUUGCUGGUGAAGGUGAGGAGUUGAGAAAUGUUUUGCUAUCUCAAGGAGUCUUACAACCUCUUGCAAGGAUGAUGCUUCCAAACAAAGGUUCUACUGUGAGAACAGCUGCUUGGGCAUUAUCAAACCUAAUCAAGGGACCAGACCCUAGGGCUGCAACGGAACUCAUAAAAGUUGAUGGCGUAUUGGACGCUAUUAUUCGGCACUUGAAAAAAGCGGAUGAUGACUUGGCCACUGAGGUAGCGUGGGUUGCUGUGUAUCUCUCAGCCCUUUCAAAUGUUGCUACUGGUCUGCUAGUGAAGAGUGAUGUCCUUCAACUGCUUUCGGAAAGAUUGGCAACAUCAAGUAGUUUGCAAUUGCUCAUUCCGGUUCUACGAAGUUUAGGCAAUCUUGUCGCUGGGGAUUUACACACGAGUUGUGCUGUUCUUGUUCCAGGACAAGAAAUAACAGAUAAAGUAAUAGAAGUCCUUGCAAAAUGUUUGAAGAGUGAGCACCGAGUGUUGAAGAAGGAAGCAGCUUGGGUGCUAUCUAAUAUAGCUGCUGGUUCCAUAGAACACAAGCAGUUGAUCUACUCGAGCGAGGCAGUGCCAUUGCUAUUGCGACUUCUUUCCACAGCACCAUUUGAUAUAAGAAAGGAAGUAGCAUACGUCCUAGGGAACCUUUGUGUUGCUCCGACAGGCAGUGACGGAAAGCCAAAUCUGAUCUUGGAGCACUUGGUUUCACUUGUUGGUAGAGGAUGCCUCUCUGGUUUCAUUGAUCUGGUGAGAUCCGCCGAUAUUGAGGCUGCUAGACUUGGGCUUCAAUUCAUGGAACUGGUGUUGAGGGGGAUGCCAAAUGGAGAGGGCCCAAAGCUGGUUGAGCAUGAGGAUGGAAUUGAUGCCAUGGAGAGAUUUCAAUUUCAUGAAAACGAAGACCUUAGAAACAUGGCAAAUGGUCUAGUUGACAAGUACUUCGGUGAAGAGUAUGGUCUUGAUGAAUAGGCCAAUCGGCUUUUUGUGUCUCCUUUGUGAGGAAUGUAAUUAUUUUUAUGUGACACAUGCAGUUUCUAGUUGACAACAAGACAGAAAACUGAAUACAA